GACUCUGACAGCUGCUGGUUCACUCGCAUCACUGCGCGUUCACGCGAACUCUCGAGGAACUCCAGUCAGGACGCGCAAUGCUUUCUGCCGCGAAACCUCAACGCGUUCUGACUCCCAAGUAGAGAGAGGAAUCAGCGCGUGCUUCUCACAGACUCCAUGACGAGGAUCGAUCAGCAGAUCUCCGCGGAGCUCGCGAUGUCGGCGGUGUUUGCCGUUCUGUGCGCGCUCCUGGCUCCGGUCACGGCGGAUCCGCGCGCGGUGAACUGCAGCCAGGUGAAAGACGCGUUCACCGACCUGGGCUACAGUCCUGCACGUGUUCCCACCGAGGAAACAGCAGGUAUCGACUCAAUUACAACACUGUCAUCUGCUUACACGCCGAUUAAUACGGGGGACCGGGGCAAGUUGUCACACGGAGACGAUCUGCAGGUUUGCGCUCCUCAGAGAUCCUGCUGUAAUGCAGAAAUGGAGGAGAACUUCGUCCAGAGAAGCUCACGGGACUUUGAGAAGCUCAUGGACGGCACGAGCGAAGAGCUGAGGGACGCGUUUAUGACCGGACAUAAAAGGUUUGAUGAGUUCUUCUUGGAGUUGCUGGAGAGCACCGAGCGCUCUCUGAACGAGAUGUUUCUGCGCACGUAUGGCAAGCCCUAUCUGCAGAACGCUGAGGUCUUCCAGGGCCUGUUCGCCGAGCUGAAGCGAUACUACACAGGCGGCAACGUCAAUCUGGAGGAGAUGCUGAACGAUUUCUGGAUGCGUCUGCUGGAGCGCAUGUUCCAGCUCCUGAAUUCCCAGUAUCUCAUCACCGACGACUAUCUGGAAUGCAUCGGCAAGUACGUGGAAGAGCUUAAGCCUUUUGGAGACGUUCCCAAGAAGCUGAAGUCUCAGGUUACCCGAGCGUUCAUCGCCGCCCGCACCUUUGUCCAGGGCCUCAUGGUGGGACGGGAGGUGGCUAACAGGGUUUCUACGGUCACCAUGAGCUCAGCGUGCGUCAGCGGCUUCACUAAAAUGCUCUUCUGCUCGUACUGUCAGGGUCUGUUCACACUGAAGCCCUGCAACAACUACUGUCUGAAUGUGAUGAAGGGCUGCCUGGCCAAUCAGGCCGAUCUGGACCCAGAGUGGACGAAAUACAUCGAUGCCAUGCUGCUCGUGACAGAGCGUCUGGAGGGACCUUUCAACAUCGAGUCCGUCAUGGAGCCCAUCGAUGUGAAGAUAUCUGAAGCCAUCAUGAACAUGCAGGAGAACAGCAUGCAGCUCUCCUAUCAAGUUUUCCAAGGUUGUGGACAGCCGAAGCCUUCAGGAAUGAGCAGGUCGGCUCGCGGCGUCUUCAGUCCCUACAGCCCCGAGGAGCUUCCGACCGCUGCGGCCGCCACUCGCCUCGACCGCCUGGUGACUGAUGUCAAGGAGAAGCUGAAGAAGUUCAGGAAGUUCUGGUCUUCACUUCCUGAGGCCUUCUGUCAGGAGGAGCAUGUGGCGGCUGCAGAAAGCACCGAGGACGACUGCUGGAACGGACACAAGAAGGGCAGAUACGUCCCUGAGGUUCUGAAAGAUGGCCUGACCAAUCAAGUGAAUAACCCGGAGGUGGGCGUGGACAUUUCCAGACCGGACACUCUGAUUCGACAGCAGAUCAUGGCUCUCAAGGUGAUGACCACCAAACUCAAGAACGCUUACGAUGGCAAUGACAUCUACUUUCAGGACUCCAAUGAUGAGAGCAGUGCUUCUGGCAGCGGCUGCGGCUGCACUGAGACAUGUGUCACUGAAUCAGACUCCUUCAUCACUGACGCUCCUGUUCAGGUAGCAGAGAAAACAGAUGAAACAUCUUCUGCUUCCAUCAUCCAACCCAACCUACUGCUGCUGCUGCUGGUCCUGAGCGCGCUGGCAUUGAAAGAGCACUGGAGAUAGUGACCACUGAGCUCCACACAGACUGUUGUGUUUGAUAUCAGACUGGACACUGAUCUCAGCCGUCUGAAGACUUUGAGGCCACUCUUCCCGAUUCAGCAGGUUUUGCAUGAUGGAAGUUCUUCAAAAGGGCCGUAAGCAUUACACAUCUGAUAUAUGAAAGAUGUCAAGGUUUUUUUUUUUUGGUUACAUUUCCAGUAUAGUAGAUUAAAGGAAUAGUUUACCUAAAAAAUAUAAAUUUGCUGAAUAUGUGCUCACACUUAGCGCCAUCCAAGAUCAGGAUGAGUUAGUUUCUUCAUCAGAUUUGGAGAAAUGUAGCAUUGCAUCAGUGUCUCAUCAAUGGCUGCUCUGCAGUGAAUGGGUGCCGUCAGAAUGAGAGUCUGAUAAAAACAUCACAAUAAUCCACAGCACUCCAGUCCAUCAGUGAACAUCUAGAGAAGACAAUAACUGA